AUGACUGAUACACAGGCUUCUCCCCGGCGCAACACCGAGGCGACUCUAUCUGCGCGCGAGAUCCCCAAUAUCCGCGACAAACCGUCUGUGCUGGGUCCGGAAUGGUGCGGUAUUUUCGAGAUGCCGGUGACCUUCGGGGCCGCGCACUUCGAGCAGGCCAUGAGUAAUCUGUUGAAAAAUCCCAAUAUCAACUCCACAGUCAUUCUCAGAGCAGACGUGCUGAAGAACUACCGAUACACGUACACGGAAGGGUCCGACGAGCCGUUUUUGGACAAAUACAUAGCCGAAGACCCAGAAGCCAUUUCCAUCGGCAGCGACAACCCCGAGGAGCCCAUACGGUCGCGCUACCUCGACGACAUAGAGAUCAAAAGCGUGCCUAUCAGCAAGGCAUUUCGGCCGAAAGUCGAGAUGGUGAGAAGAAUCAUACCUCGCAACCCGUCCAAAGAUUACGUGAUCAACCAGACGUGUCUGAUGAUGGAGGAUAGCGAGGACUCUAUUCUGAUCGUAUACACUCCGCACAUCAGCAAGCCCGAGGAGACUCCAUUCUAUCUGCCGCCUGUGCGGUCCAUCGGGCUGCUAUAUUCUCACGGAAACCUCUCGAUCCACUAUCUUCCGUUUGGCACGCUUGAGGAGCUUAGAACCAUGAAACCGAUAGAAAGACCGAUCCGAAUCGCAUACAGACUGAUGAGCACUGCGCAGCGGCACUCUGACGGCGUGGUCAAGGGGUACGAGAAGCGGGUCAACCACGAUCUGAUAGUGUCCAAGGUGGCAUUUCAAGACAGAUAUAUUAGUCUGAAGCAGAAAUAUGCCAAGGCCUUGGUGGACGACUGGCGAGAAAACACGGACCCGCGCAAGCACGUGUUUGAGGACAUCGCCAUUGCCGCGUUCCUGAUUGAGUUCUGGAGCAAAAUAUACCCCGACAAGGAGCUGUUUGAGUUUAGAGAUCUUGGCUGUGGAAACGGCCUUUUGGUGUAUCUGCUCACCAUGGAAGGCUAUACAGGCGUAGGAAUCGACGCGAGAGCGCGCAAGUCGUGGAAAAUGUACCCUCCCGAGGUGCAGAGCAAGCUGAAGGAGCAGGUUAUCAUCCCCAGCGUGCUUUUGAGACCGCAUCCUGUUGCCAGAGCACAUUAUUUUUCCGACAACGGUAGAGUGUUCAGGGUGCCUGUGGACAAGAAAUUACCCGACGACCUGGGACUCACAGAGAAACACCAGCUGGUAGAGAUGUUCACGGCAGGCGAUCUGCUUAGCUCUCCACAGGUCAACGCGGCCGAGUUCCCUAAAAACACAUUUAUCAUCGGCAACCACUCCGACGAGCUCACCACUUGGAUUCCCCUGCUCGGAUACCCGUUCAUGGUGAUUCCGUGCUGCUCGCAUAACCUGAACGGCGAAAAAGUGCGGUAUCCCGCCAUCAAGAGCAUCUCACAGGCCAACUCCGUCACCUCGUACACCUCCACCUCCAGAUACGCUACGCUUGUAGAUCACGUGGAGUACAUUGCUACCAUUUUUGGGUGGCAGGUGGAGCGCGAGAUGCUCCGAAUCCCCUCCACGAGAAACGCGGCGCUGAUCGGCUACCGGCCCAACAACUUCCUCCCCAAGUCGAUCUACGAGAUCAUCGCCAUGGAAGGCGGUGCAGACCGAUGGGUCGAGAAUACGCUCUCGCUGAUGAAACGGCCUCCUAGAAAUCAUUAA